AUGGGUAACCGAUCAUCGUUGCUUUUGCGAAAAGAAGAAAUUGCUCAAAUUAGAAAUGAAACUGGAUUCACUGCAAAUCAAAUAGAACGUCUCUACAGUAGGUUUACCAGUUUGGAUAGAGGCGAUUUGGGUACGCUCAGUAGGGAAGAUUUACUGCGUAUUCCAGAGUUGGCAAUAAAUCCUUUAGGUGAAAGAAUCGUUGAUUUAUUCCACGCAGACUUUGGGAAUAAUUGCGAUCGUAUUAAUUUCUUACAAUUCAUGAGAGGGCUAUCUAAAUUUAGACCAAUUCGACCGAAUAAACCAAACAAACAAAACAAUAGAAUGGAGAAAGUAAAAUUUGCUUUUGACAUGUAUGAUGUUGAUAAUGAUGGAUUGAUAUCAAAGGAUGAACUUUUGGUUAUUUUACAUAUGAUGGUUGGUGCCAACAUUAGUGAAGAACAGUUGUCUAUAAUUGCAGAUAAGACAAUUUCUGAGGCGGACGUAGAUGAAGAUGGUUUAAUUUCAUUUGAUGAAUUUAGUAAAACAUUUGAAAAGUCUGAUAUUGAAAACAAAAUGUCAAUUAGAUUUUUAAACUAA